GAGGCCAAGAACCCAGAACAGAGACACACAGAAUUGAAGUAGCAAAAGUUGAGAUCCAGAUAGAAAGAUAUAUAAUGGCAGAAGUGAAGGUCCUAGGUCACUGGGCAAGCCCUUUUAGCGCAGCUGUUGAGAUUGCUCUCAAACUCAAAGGAGUUGAAUAUGAAUUCAUACAACAAGAUCUGUUCAACAAGAGCCCCUUGCUUCUCAAAUCCAACCCAGUCCACAAGAAAAUCCCUGUGCUCUUGCACAACGGAAACCCACUACCUGAGUCUCUCGUCAUCGUCGAGUAUAUCGACGACACCUUUCCGGGCACUCCCAUUUUGCCCAAAGAUCCUUACGAGAAAGCCUUGGCUCGUUUCUGGGCUAAGUUCAUAGACGACAAGUUCUUUUCUGCGGCCAGGAAAGCACUAUUUAUCAGAGGCGAAGAGCAAGAGACGGGAAAAGAGGAAAUUUGUGAGGCUCUGAAAAUUCUCGACAAUGAACUCAAGAACAAGAAGUUCCUUGGAGGGGAGACUUUCGGACUUGCAGAUUUAGCCGCCAAUUUCAUCGCCUUAUGGAUGGGAGUUUUUGAAGAAGUUAUAGGGGUGGAAUUGGGCGUGACGGAAGAAAAAUUCCCUCAUUUAUGUCGGUGGAAGCAGGAUUUUCUCAACUGUGAUGUAAUUAAGGAGACCUUUCCUCCAAGAGAUAAACUUGUUGCCUUCAACAACAAGAGAUUCAACCCAGAAGCGGCAACUGCUACUGAGUAAUAAGCAAAUGCAUUUUGUGUUUUUCUUUUUUUAGUCCGAGACUCAAAGGUGCAAUCUGCUUGCGUUAAGUUGUUGAAACACUUCUUAGAUUGAGACGUUUGUAAGAGAAGAGUUGUACUAUUCUAGUUUUAUUUAUGUUGUAAUAAGGUAAUGUUUAUGUGUCAUCUAUGUUGCAACGUGACUCUUGUUUGGUUAUUAUUAAUAAAAUAAUGAGAGGAGAUCAUUGGCAUUUCUCUCCAUUUGUUAAA